UUUACACUUUACUUACAGCGUACACGUGAUAAGCUUCGGCUUUAUUUUAUUUAAUAAAACAUACUGAUUAUAUACUUUUUAUAGAUACAUUAUAUUCUAAAACUACUUCUUUAAAUAUAUAUCCAUUAGAUUCUAUAUUGGGUUUGAACAUAAGAAUAAUUAGGAGUAUAUACAGUGAAAGAACUGUGUGCCAAAUUAUUUAAAAGAUCUAUUUAUAAAUAUAAUCAUUGUUUAAGUAAUUACACGCUUCGUAUUUUUAUAAGUUAGAUAACACUUUCGAUAACGAACAUCAGUAAAGUUAGUUAUAAUAUUAAAUCUUACCAUGAAAAUUAAAUACUGUGUAAAAAUAUCUACUCUUUAACAAGUCAACAUUAUAAACAAAGAUGGUGAAGGCUAUUGCUAUUAUCACUGUCAGUGAUAGUUGUUUUAAAGACAACUCAAAAGACAAAUCAGGCCCAGCACUGUUUGAUUUCAUAACAGAAAAGUAUCCAGAAGCUAAUGUCCAUACAAUUAUAGUGCCAGAUGAAAAAGAAAUUAUUGAACGCGAACUUAAAUAUUUCUGUAAUUCAAAUAUUGAUCUUAUCCUCACUACUGGAGGUACCGGUUUAAGUCCUAGAGAUGUUACACCAGAAGCAACGAGAGCUGUUAUUCAAAAAGAAGUUCCUGCAAUCACAACAGCAAUGACAAUUGAAAGUUUGAAAAAGACACCAAUGGCUAUGUUGUCCCGGGCUGUAGCUGGUAUAAAAGACAGAACACUUAUAAUUAAUUUUCCAGGUAGUGAAAAAGCAGUAACUGAGUGCAUCCAUGUUGUUAAAGGAGUUUUGUCACAUGCCAUUUCGUUAAUAAACAAUGAAUUGGUUGAAGUAAGAUCUAUUCAUGACAAGAUGCAAGUUGAUCAUCUUUGUCCACAUAAAAUGAAUAGUAAAGUGGAUAUAUCCAAAGUGGCUCUAAGACCCCGUGAGUCACCAUAUCCAAUGCUGGAAAUGUCCGAAGCGUUUAAUAUAGUUGAUGCUGUAAUGUUGCAAUGGGAAGAGUGUAUUGAAAAUAUUCCUAUUGAAAAUGCUGUGGGUAAAGUUGUGGCACAAGAAAUUAUAGCUAAAGAACCUAUGCCUCCAUUUCCAGCAUCUGUUAAGGAUGGUUAUGCAUGCCUUAGUUUGGAUGGGGCUGGUGUUCGUAAAGUCCGAGCAGCUAUCUCAGCAGGCGAGAAUAAUUUUACACGCCUCGGUCCCGGUGAAUGUGCUAGAGUUAACACUGGAGCUCCCUUACCGCUUGGGGCUGAUUGUGUUGUACAGGUCGAAGACACAAAACUAAUUAAGGCAUCGAGCGAUAACCAGACGGAGUUGGAAAUUGAAGUCCUAGUAGCGCCACAGGCUCAUCAGGAUGUACGUGCUAUUGGUUUCGAUAUUCCCAUCGGAGCUAUACUCGCUGAAAAAGGUGAUGUCAUUGAUGCAGCACAAAUUGGCAUGUUGGCUGGAGCUGGCUAUCAGAGUAUUCCAGUAAUAGCAGUUCCCAAGGUUGCCAUAAUGUCCACCGGAAAUGAGUUGCAAGAACCUUCGGAGAAGAUACUUCGACCGUCACAUAUAAGGGAUUCCAAUAGAAUUAUGUUAAAAGCAUUGCUCAAAGAGCACGGGUACGAUUGUAUAGACUGCGGUAUCGCCCGCGAUGAUCCAACAGAGUUAGCUGCCGCUAUAGCCCAUGCGCUGCCUCGCACGGACGUGCUCGUCUGUACGGGUGGAGUGUCCAUGGGUGAUCGGGACUUGCUCAAGCCGGUGUUAAUUAAUGAUUUUGGCGCGACAAUACAUUUCGGUCGCGUGCGCAUGAAGCCCGGGAAACCGAGCACCUUCGCCACUUGCCAAUACGAAGGAAAGAUCAAGUAUAUAUUUGCUCUACCAGGCAACCCCGUGUCGGCGUACGUGUGCUGCCUGCUGCUGGUGCUGCGCGCGCUGCGCGGCUGCACGCGGCACUGCGGCGACUUCGCGCGCCUGUCCGUGCGCCUGUCGCACGACGUGCCGCUGGACGCGCGGCCCGAGUACGCGCGCGCCGUGCUGCGCUUCCCCGCCGCGCCCGACCUGCCGCACGCCGCGCUGCUCGGCAACCAGUGUAGCAGUCGGUUGCUGAGUGCUUGCGGCGCUAGCGUGCUGUUGGAGCUGCCACCCGCAUCCGACAGCUUGAAACAGCUCGAUGCUGGCACGACUGUUUCCGCGCUGAUCACAGGCAGAAUCGAUCUCACCCGACUUUGAUAUAUACAAUAUAUACACAUGCAGUAAUAUGUAUUCCCAUAUAAGAAGAUCAAUUCAUUUUAUAUUCAUGAAAUAAUACGGAACACGGUUUUAAAUGCAUUGAAUUGAGUACUCUUUAUCCUUUAACUUCUAGGUGGUGUAGACAUACAAUCGUAGAAUUUACCUCAUUUUUGUUAAGGCUGUACUCUACGAAUCGAUUGCAUAAUAAAGCAGAUUUAAAUGUAUCAUACUGUUAUCGUAGUUUAAAAAAAAUCCUCAUUAUUAUCUUUCUAAAUCACCCAAUGACCUGUUCAAUGUCAUUCCUUAUUACGUAGUAUGUUCUUUCAUUACUUUUUUACUGCAUAUCUUAAUCUCAACAGGCUAGAAUCUCCUGUCAAUAAACUUAAAUAAAAAAUUUAA